AUUGAAUUGAAAUUUGUUUUUGUAUCAUGUCCUUCCUUCCUUUCUCACAGGCUGUUGACUUUAACAUAUUUGAGGGACUAGAGUGCCACGGUGUCCCUGUUUAUGUCAUCUCUCGUGGUAAGGUCGUUGUUGAUCACGGGAAGAUAGACGUGGUCAAGGGGAGUGGCAAGUUUAUCCCUCGUAAGCCUUGGACCGACUUUGUGUACUCUAGAGUCCAUCAGAGGGACAAGGUUGAUCAGCCACAAAAGGUUGAGCGUGAGCCUUAUACUGGCCCUGUCAUAGACCUGAGCAAGAAAUAAACCGAGGCCCUCUUGCCUUUGUGGUGAAUGAAAUAAUUUUUCUUUACUUUGAGAAUAAUUAAAAUAAUAAUAAUAGUGUGUGGAAAGUUAACAGUGUAAUAGUAAAAAUAAUUGUAAUGAUUAUUGUUGAUCAUAAUAAAAAAUUGUCUUUUUUAAAAUUUAAAGUUCUUGAGUGACUCAGCAUAGCACUGUAUAGUACAGUAUAAAGUUUUUGUGGAAUAUUCUUCAC